UUGUUUCCUAUAAAAUUAAAGAAUGCUAAUUUUGAGGCAUUCACAAUUGACUGGGAUCAUGCAACAAUCGAAACAGUGGACAAACGGUACAGUCGUACGAUUGGCCAAAGAUAUGGGCCUUCGUUUAUUGAUGUCAAACAAAUGAACAGGCUCUAUUGUAAUGAUAGAUGUGCGAGCUCAUUGCUGGCAUGUCAGAACGGUGGUUAUCCGGAUCCGAAUAACUGUCUGGUCUGUAAAUGUCCGAGUGGCUUGGGUGGAGUGACAUGCACCAGCGUUGCGCCAAGUGAUUGUGGUGGCGAGUUGAUUGCGACUGGCGCCUGGCAGCAUCUUACAUACAAGGGAUCGAGGAAGUGUUACUGGAGAGUUAAAACAAGCAAUGCCAGGAUACGGAUUGUCAUUGAAUCGGCGAACUUUCGCUGUGAUACAACUUGUCAGGCGUUCGUGGAAAUCAAGCAUAAUUCCGAUUUUCAACAGACCGGUUUUCGAAAAUGCUGUGGCGAUGAGCAAGUUGAAGUGUUGUCAGAGCAGCCGGAAGCUUUGAUCAUUUUUGAUGCCGUUGAACUGGGACGAGAUGGGUCAUUCAGCUUACGCUACAUUCAAGAUUCCGGUAAGCCGCUGCCGAAACCGCCACCACCUGUUUGGGUACCCGGGAGCGAGAAUCGUCUGUUCCGCGGCCUUCAGAUUGGUAAUGGCGGUGAAAUCGAGAAAUUCAUCCUGAAUGCAAUCCCGAAAAUUCGUGAUCCACAACGACCGGCUGAAUCAAUCGCAUCGAUUUUAACUGAGUUCACUCUGGGCCAAAUUCUUGGAUGA